GCGGGGGCCGCCGGGCGGGGGAAUAUACAAAGUGAAGCCACAUUGCCAAACUUGCAGCAGCGAUUGCAGCAGUUGCUGCCGCUGCGCCGCGCCUGAAGCCGCGCCGCGCGGGCCGAGGGCUCCUGCAGCUGCUCGCGCGGGGCCGGAGGCGGAGGAGAACGCCGAGGACUGAGACUGACACUCCUGCUCUCGGCCGCCUGCCACUUAGGCUGGGCCCCCCAACCUAGCCUCAGAACAACGCGUUAAAAAAAAAAAAAAAGCAGCCCUUAGCCCCCUCCUCCCCUUUCCUGCUUCUGCGAGAACAUCCCCCCUCCCUCCAGCUCCGCCAGCCAAGGCGCCCCUUCCUUGGAAGCCGAGCGGCUUCGCUCGCUUUUCGCCGCCGCCGCCUCUCGCAAUAUUGCAAUAUAGGGGAAAAGCAGACCAUGGUGAAUCCGGGCAGCAGCUCACAGCCGCCCCCCGUGACGGCCGGCUCCCUCUCCUGGAAGCGGUGCGCAGGCUGCGGGGGUAAGAUUGCGGACCGCUUUCUGCUCUAUGCCAUGGACAGCUACUGGCACAGCCGGUGCCUCAAGUGCUCUUGCUGCCAGGCGCAGCUGGGCGACAUCGGCACGUCCUGUUACACCAAGAGCGGCAUGAUCCUUUGCAGAAAUGACUACAUUAGGUUAUUUGGGAAUAGCGGUGCUUGCAGCGCGUGCGGACAGUCCAUUCCUGCGAGCGAACUCGUCAUGAGGGCCCAAGGCAACGUGUAUCAUCUUAAGUGUUUUACAUGCUCUACCUGCCGGAAUCGCCUGGUCCCAGGAGAUCGGUUUCACUACAUCAAUGGCAGUUUAUUUUGUGAACACGAUAGGCCUACAGCUCUCAUCAAUGGCCAUUUGAAUUCACUUCAGAGCAACCCACUACUGCCAGACCAGAAGGUCUGCUAAAAGGUCAGAGUAAUGCAGAAUGCGUGCCUUCAUCUCAGAUCUUGCUCAUCACAGGUGGAUCCCAUGUGUCUUCAGUAGACAAGUCACCUUUGUAGCUAGCACCAGUGCCGGCUCCAUGCAUCGCACCUUCUUUAGUCUUGAUUGCCCUUCCCGCAUUUAUUGGUGUAUUAAAAUGACUGAAUAUGAACAUUAAGGACUCCAUGAACCUGGGCUAAUGGGAGACUGUAGAGAAAAUGAAAAAAGAUCCACCGGAGGACAUCUUUGGGGGGGGGGGAGCUUGGGAGGAGGGAAAUGACUAAUGAAGCUAAUUAAAAGAAGCAUUCAAAUCCGCUUUCUACCCUCAUUAACAAUUAGCAGGGCACUGGCCAGAGUUUGUACCCUGUGUUUUACCUUAACAACAUUCUCUUUGCUCUUCGUAUAUUUAAGUGUUGUACGGAAAUGUGUUUCAAUCAAAACUGAACAUGAGAUAAAGGAAAGAGAUGUGGCUUUUGUGAUAUUCUAUCACAAACACUUUUAUUGUAUCUCUGUAAAAUACAAUGUAUGUAUGCAUGUAAGUGUUUUCGUCCUAAUGUUGCUACUUCCAUGGCAAAGGAAGAAAAAAAAAAAAGAACGAAAAAAAAGAAAAAAAAAUUGGAAAAAAAAAUCAGGCUCAUAGCAGCUACUGUGUAGAAAUUUCCCCCUACUUCUAAUUUGCUGAAUGAAGAAAAAAAUCUUUUAUUUGUGAUAUUUUCAGAGACAUUUGCUCUAGUAUGGUGUAUUUAAAUAAUAAAAACUUAAAAGAAAAAAUA